CAGCCAGCCAAAGCUGACUAAUGAAGUACCACUGAGAAAAGGUUUAUGGCCAGCAAGUAUCAUCUAGGUUUGCAUUCCUCCAUCGUUUCACGUAUUGCAUCGUUUCACAUAUUGCAUCUCAUAUUACAGCAUGUGUAUAUAUAGUUCUUACUUAUUUUAUUUACAUAGAUCUUUAAAAACUGAAACUCAGCAAUAAGGUUUGCCUGCUAACUAUAUAAUUUGAAAGGUUUUUGUAAAUGACAUGUCCUCAUAACACAGAUUUCUAAUCUUAUGUUCUAAACACUUUUAAGAGAUGGAGGAGCUGGCAGAGCAUGGGAUUUUCUUGCCUCCUAAUAUGCAAGGACUGACAGAUGAACAAAUUGAAGAACUGAAAUUAAAGGAUGAAUGGGCAGAAAAAUGUGUGCCAAGUGGUGGAAGUGUCUUUAAAAAGGAUGAAAUUGGACGAAGGAAUGGACAUGCUCCAAAUGAAAAAAUGCAGCAAGUUAUAAGAAAGACAAUAGAGGAAGCUAAGGCAUUAAUCUCUAAGAAACAAGUUCAGGCCAAUGUGUGUGUUAAUAUGGAGAUGGUGAAAGAUGCGUUGGACCAGCUCCGAGGGGCUGUGAUGAUUGUGUAUCCAAUGGGAUUGCCUCCACAUGAUCCAGUUAGGAUGGAGUUUGAAGAUAAAGAAGACUUGUCGGGAACGCAUGAUGGACUUGAAGUUAUAAAAGAAUCAGAAGCACAAUUAUGGUGGGCAGGAAAGGAGUUGAAAGAAAUAAAAUUGCUCUCUGACUAUGUGGGCAAAAAUGAGAAAACAACUAUCAUUGUCAAGAUACAGAAAAAGGGGCAAGGAGCUCCAGGACGUGAGCCUGUGAUUAGCCAUGAAGAGCAAAAACAGAUGAUGCUGUAUUACUACAAAAAGCAGGAGGAACUUAAGAAACUAGAAGAGAAUGAUGACGACUCAUUUCUGGAUGCUGAGUGGGCAGACAGCCAUGCUUUGAAAAGACAAUUUCAUGGUGUAAAAGACAUAAAAUGGGGGCCAAGAUGAAGCUCUGCAAACAGCUUUUUGCCUCUUAAAGCUGUUUGUUUGAUACACUUGUAAACAAAGAGGAGUUUUGUUAGUGCGGCGUAGAUUCUUCUGACAAAAGUUGAAAUCGUUACUUCCCUAGUGGACAUCUGUUUCAGCCUAAGAUUUUUCAAGUGUUUACAUGUCUAUGUAACUGUAGCAGCACUAGACUCUGCAAAAAAAGGAAUUAACCCUGUUCUAGAGUUCAUUAUUUUUAUUAGAAACUUGUAACUUUAAUAUUGAAAUGUUAAACUAUUUCCUAAAUAAUAUAUCUAAUAAAUAUACGCUAGAAUGUUGAA